UUUCUCAAGGGUGGGAAAAAAAGAAAAAUAUCUUCCCUCCUUCCUCUCCCAGGUCUCAAAAAUAUAUACACACAGACAACACAGAGUUCUCUCUCUCUCUCUCUCUCAUCCCUUAAGCAAAAUGCAUUCCUCCACCCUCCUUCCAUGUAACCCUACUCCUCCUGCUGUUUCAUCAAUCACAAGUACAAGAAAUCCACAUCCAAAGCCCUUGAGAUUUUACACUCCAAUCACUACUCGGAAGGCUCGUAACGAUUCUUAUCUAACGACAUGCAAAGCUAGCACUAGCUCUUCGUCUUCUUCGAUGGUGGGCUUGGAUCUGUAUGAUCUCCUGGGUGUGGAUAGCUCUUCCGAUCAAACCCAGAUCAAAUCGGCGUACAGGGCGUUGCAGAAGCGGUGCCACCCAGAUAUAGCUGGGCCCCCCGGCCAUGAGAUGGCCAUCAUUCUCAAUGAUACAUACUCUCUUCUCUCUGAUCCUGGUUCACGUUCAGCAUAUGAUAGGGAACAAGCAAAGGUUUCUGAAUUAAGAGGCUAUACUGGCAAGCCUCUGUAUUCAGUGUGGUUUGGAGCAGAGAGCGAAGAAAGAGCUGUGUUUGUGGAUGAGGUGAAGUGUGUUGGUUGCUUAAAAUGUGCCUUACUAGCCGAAAAGACAUUUGCUGUUGAGACAGUUUAUGGAAGAGCUCGCGUUGUUGCUCAAUGGGCUGAUCCUGAAAACAAAGUCCAAGAGGCCAUAGAUGCAUGUCCAGUCGAUUGCAUCUCGAUUGUGGAGAGGUCCAACCUUGCUGCCUUAGAAUUCUUGAUGUCCAAGCAGCCACGUGGUAGUGUGAGAAUCGGUGCAGGCAAUACAGUCGGUACACGUGUCUCCAAUAUAUUCAUUGAUGUGGAGAAAUUUCAGGCUAGGUUUCAGGAAGCCAGGGAUAAAGCUUCCACAAAACAGUCCAUGGAAUCAGAAUCCGAAAGAGAUGCAAGAAGUUCAGCUAUUCAAGCAAUAAGAUCAAUCUCAAAUUGGCUAUACUGGAAAUCACCCAUUGCAGGUAGACAUACAUCCGAAACUGAAGGAAAAUUGACACUGACUGGCAGGAGAUCCAGUGAACCAAACAUCAAGAAGCUCCAAGAGGCUGCCGCGGCGAGAAAAAAUGCAAGAGACAAUGCGAAACCGAUUUCUCGGAUCUCAGCAUAUAACGACGCAUAUUGGAUCCCAUCAAGUCUUGCUCUACCACAGGCAACCCGGAAUGUCUCUGAAUUUGGAGCAGCUGCGAAUUCUCCUGCAGAAAACGUAGAUAACCCAAUUGAAGAGGAAGAAUUUACCGUUCGCAAAGUCAAUAAGAGAAGCCCUUUGGUACAGGGUUUUCCAAUGACUGCAGCAACAAUUGCAGCAGUUAUCGUUCGUUUAGAGCUAUAUGGGGUGAGUGGUAAGUUGGAAGAGCAUAUGGGGGGGUCAUUAGCAUUGGGCGUUGUUAAUAACUCUUGGUCACCAGUUAUUUUAGCAGGGAUUACAUGGUAUCUCAUCGGUUCCUAUUUGGUAGGACUAGUAGAAGCCAUUUGGGAUAAGUUAGGAAUGUACCAAAAAUAGGGAUGAUAAUAUACUCAUGCUUGUAUAAUUAUAACAGACUGAAAAGGUUGUAUGCAUAUAUGAAAUUCAAUUCCUAUGGAUGCA